GCUGGGUUAACGCGCCCAAGCGGUUCCAGUGGCAGGACAGGGCAGGUCAGGAGCUGAGCUGAUGAGAUCAUGGAGUCUGCGCCGAGGUCGGACAGGAUACAGCCGGGAUUCAGUGGUGAUGGAGAGGUACCUGUCCGAAUCCGCAAUGAUCUUCACUGUAAAUGAAAUCCCAAGACCACUGGCCAGUGUGAGCCUUAUCUGCAACAAUUUAGUUAUAAAAGAGCCAAAAAAGACUCAGCCUAAAGCUAUACAGCCAGAGAUGGGUAGGUGAAAACCAAGAGGCCACAGGAGGCCUUUAUUCAAUGCAUCAUUCAUUCUAGUCCCACAAAGGGAUAUGAAUAUAUUUUCACCUCCAACGUUUUCUUUACAAAUACCACAUAACAAUGCCUUUAAACAUUAGACCCAAGCCCUCGCACAGCAAGCUGUCCACCGCUGCUGCUAAAGGCAGCAGCCAUGUUGACGGCAACACAACUCAUUCACGCUUCUCCAGGUCCCCUAAACAAGGAAAAGGCAAACAGGCUGUAAACUCGACACCAGGGUGUCGCUCUGGGCUUGAGCCAGGGUCCGUCUGUGGGGGGGCGCCUGCCACGGCAUCUAAAUUGACUGGGACACAAGGGUCAGUUUCAAGGCCAGGCUCAAAAACCAAAACUGGCACUGCAGCGACCAAAGCCACUUCAUUUGGGUCAGCAACAGCUCCAGGUGGUAAAACUCUGUCUAUGGAAAAUAUCCAGUCUUUGAGCGCAGCCUAUGCAACUUCCAGCACCCUGUACCCAAAUGAGCGAGAGUCCUUAGAGCCGUCUGGUGGAUACCCCAAAGGUACUAUGACAGUGGGUCGGAGUACCAGCCGCUCCUCCUACACUGGUGGGACAACACCCAUGGGAAGCAGCCCAAACAUCACAUCCUCUGGGAUGCAUCCUACGUCAGACCCCUGUGGAGAACCAAAUACGCCUUCUAGCAUGCGUAAGCAAUCUGGAAGACGCAGGCAAACACUAGAUUUGGCUGGACAGGAGGAGGGUUCAUCAAAUGACCUCCAAGCUCAGCUGAGAGACCUGCGCAGAGAGAAUGACAGCCUCCGGAGAGAACUAGAUGGAGGGAGAGAUGGAAAGACAGGCCACAAUAUGAAUAGCGUGAACUUCUGGAGCCCAGAACCAAAAAGAGACAAAGGAGUUAGGCGUGAGGAGGGACUACGGCCUUCAGCUCCGAAAGACCACUACAGGUUGAGCCAAGAAGAUUCACAGUCAGGGGAUAUCAGAAGAAACAAGCAUCUGCCACUAACAGUUCAGGAGCUUCAGGAGGAACUGAGAGCUCACAAGGAGAUGAACAGUCGAUUGCAGCAGCAGCAGCAGCAUGGGAACUCCUAUCGAGAGCACCAUAUGGACCAGGACUUUAGAGGCCGGCCCAGUCCUGGCCACAGCCCCAGGCAAAGUCCCAGCACCCUGCACAGCCCUGCAUCAAAAAACAGCCCCAAAGCAAGCCCGUCCAACACCUAUAAUUCAAGGCAACAGGAAGCUGACAUCAUCAUUCACAGCCCUGGAUAUGGCUGUAACACUGCAGUAGCCACACAGAGACUCAGUCCAGCCAACACCCUUCAGCCUGGACUAAAGAACAGCUCCAAUCUGUCCCUCUAUAACCCCAACUACACCACUGGAGUGGUGCCCAGCUGCAACUCUUUACGCCCUCGCAGCCCCUGUCAGGUGCCUAGGUGUGACGGUUUUUCCUCACCUCGCCUUGAUCCAUCAGAGGAGAACUUCUUCAGAUUGCAGUCGGAACAUGACCGGCAAGCCAAGGAGCUGUCUUUACUGAGAAAGACCAUGGAAGAGAUGGAGACGAGAAUUAAUUCUCAGAAGCAGACGCUGGGUGCACGAGAUGAGAGCAUUCAGAAGCUUUUGGAGAUGCUUCAAGGCCAAGGUCAGGCCCAAGGUCACUGGGGACGAGGCCAGAGGACAGGGAUAAUUACUAUGGCAGCACAGGAGGCCGAGGCCCAGUUGGAGAACAUGCACGUGAGAGAGGAUACCAAGAUCUCGUCCCUGGAAAGAAACAUCAGAGACUUAGAGGAUGAUGUUCAGAUGCUUAAAACCAGUGGGGUGCUGCACUCUGACGACAGGCAUAGUGAGCUCAAGCAGGUGGAGGUCUACAACAGCCACUCUAAAUUCAUGAAAACUAAGGAGAAGGCCUUAUCACCAUGUGUGUCUUCCAUCAGACCAACUCCCUCCUUCCUCUUCCCCACCCAACAUCCUUGGAUCACAGAACAGGCAGAAAUAGAGACGCUGAAGCAGGAGUUGAACAAGAAGGAGUCGGAGAUGCAGGCCCUGCACACCAAACUAGAAACACUAACCAAUCAGAACUCUGACUGCAAGCAACACAUUGAUGUCUUGAAGGAGUCACUGGCUGCCAAGGAGCAACGUGCAAAUACAUUGCAGACAGAGGUGGAUGCUCUCCGAGUUCGUCUGGAGGAAAAGGAACAACUGUUGACAAAGAAAACCAAGCAGCUGCAGGAUUUGAAUGAUGAAAAGAGCACACUAACAGGAGAAAUCAGAGACAUGAAGGACAUGCUGGAUGUCAAGGAGAGAAAAGUCAAUGUUUUGCAGAAAAAGAUUGAAAACCUGUUGGAACAGUUAAAGGAUAAGGAUAAACAAUUGGCUGGACUGAGAGAAAGGGUCCAGGGUCUUCAGACUGACUCUAAUAAUACUGACACGGCUCUGGCCACACUGGAGGAGGCCUUAUCUGAAAAGGAGCGGGUGAUAGAGAACCUUCGGGAACAAAAAGAACGAGAAGACAGAGCUCGGACUGAGGAGUUGGAGCAGAUGCGACGAGAGAACCAGAUUUUAAAGGACAAACUUUCUGCCCAGCAACCCAUAAAAUUGUCACAAAGCCCAGCUCCCAACCACACCUCAACCCAGGAUCAGAGGCCAGAUGGAGAGGUCCAAGUCAAAGUCGAUCCUGCUAUUGGUCCAACUACCCAAAACAUGGAGGACGCAGUCAGGAUUGGUCCUGACAUCGCCGACCGUUUGAGGCUUCUAGAGCAGGAGGUGGCCCGCUACAGAGAAGAGUCUUCAAAGUCCCAAGCUGAGGUUGAGAGGCUAAUGGGAGCUCUCAGGGAUGCUGAAACUGAGAAAUCAUCUAAGGAGAAGAAAAUUGCUGAUCUCGAGAGACCUGGGCAAAUCAAGUCUCCAAAUAUCCAAAAGCAGAUGGUUCCAUGUGAGAUGAGGAAAGAUGUUCUGGUAGACGGACACCCCCACUCGUUAUCACAGUUGGAGGAGCUGAUGGGGGCUUUAGAGAAGACACGGCAGGAGCUAGAUGCUACAAAACUGCGGCUGUCCUCCACCCAGCAGUGCCUACAUGAAAGAGAUGGACACCUCAGCAAUCUGCAGCACGAGAGACGCAAACAACUGGAGGAAAUUCUGGAGAUGAAGCAACAGGCUUUGCUGGCAGCUAUCAGUGAAAAAGAUGCCAACAUUGCCUUGUUGGAGUUGUCUUCUUCCAAGCGCAAGAAGGCCCAAGAAGAAGUGAUGGCUUUGAAGCGGGAAAAAGACAGGCUCAUGCACCAGCUCAAACAGCAGACUCAGAGUAGAAUGAAGCUGAUGGCAGAUAAUUAUGAGGAGGAUUAUAUCCAUCCACAACAUCAUCCUCAUCAUUUGCACCACUUGCAUCCAACAAAUGUGCAUCACCGAAGCCUGCCAAGGGCAGCACCCCAUGCCAACCACCGCCCCCCUAUGGAUCAGGAUGAUGAAGAAGGAAUUUGGGCAUGAUGGUGAUUACAAUGAAAGCAGGACUACGAGAAUACAAGCCGUGGAAACGUUGAGCUCCAAGCACUGGCUGAUGCUGCUCUGCCCACCUGGUUCAUAAGCAGAUAUCCACACAUACUCCUGUACCUCAAAGUACUGUAAUCGUGUUAGGUGAUGUGAUGAUUGGAAAUGCUUCAUCUUUCUAAAGAAUAUCACUUUCACUAACUAAUUCACUAACACACCCCCCAAGGGGGAAAUGUCCCACACCGGAACAUCAGCCACAAGUGUGGAAUCUUAAGCUCUGAUUCUCUAUGGCUGUUUUCAACAGACUGCAAGCUGGAUUUGUUUUACGGUACCAUGGUGCUACAAAGUCCUGGCUUCACCUCAACCAACAGUCACUGCGCUGCUGUCUGCUGUGAGCGUGACAGGCCCGAGUCAUCGGAAUAAACCAUAAACCCUUGCCAGUGUUGGUCUGGUUUAUGUUGGCAAGAAUGUGUUUACUUCUGCAGCUAAAUGUGUAAAAAUGACAACAUGGGACUUCAAGAUCAAUAAUCCGCAGAGACCUUUUCGAUGUGCUGUGCCAAAGGAGCCAUCCCAGGACAAAUUCAUGAGAUAGAACUGCAACUGACUUCCAGAUUCCUCUUAAACCACUUCGGUUACGCGUUUCUCAUGUUUCCUGCACAAAGAGCAACAAGAAAAUGCAUACUUGGGCUUGAAGAUGGCCCAACAAACAGUUUGAGUAUCAGCUUCCACCAUCCAUGAAAAUCCGGACUUUAUUUUACAUGGUGGGAAACGAAGCAGAGCUGGCAUGAAGUAUAAGCAGUGUGUUUAUGAGUUUUCCCUCGUGCUUCAGCCUGCUAUGUGUGUUUAAUGAACCAACAUCACGUUCUUUAUGAUUUUAUACAGCUGAAACAAUAUGAGUGCCACUAUUAUGUUUUUUUAUGUAGCAGCAAUGUGUGUCUUAUCAUAUUGACGAGUGAUUUGUUUUGUCUAUUUAUUGAUCCUGUGAACUUGUGUGAUUAUUAUGAAUACAAUGAAGUGACUUGUAAUUGAAGACACAGUGUUAUUGCUUUUUUCACUGUACCAUAUGUUUGACCUGACUGUGGGGUAUAAUGUGCAGUAUUGAGAAUUAACUCUGCGGCUAAACAGGGUGUCGCUUGUGGGACUGUGAGAGUUUAGGGGGGCACAGCUGUUUUCACCCUUGAAUUUUUUUUUCCAUUCAUUUCUGCUGCAACCUUGUUUCUUUUGUUUAAAUAAAAAGACAUUUUCACAAGA